AUGUGCGCCUGGGAGAACGAAUUCCGGAAGCAAGUGGACGGUUUGCGAAAGAUCGAGCUCUCCAAGCUGCGGGUUCGUUUUCUCUGGUGGUCCGUUUCGAUGACAGUUUUCUACUCACUCCCUUUCAUUACGACAAUUCUGAUCCUAUUUCUGUAUGCUAUCGUCGAAGGCCAAAGGCUUGAAACAAAGGUCGCCUUUCCCGCAUUGGCAACCUUCGCAGUGCUGCGUAUCCCGUUGGAUCGGAUGUCUUCCAUGAUAUCGUUCCUUCUCCAGGCUCAUUUUUCCGUUGGUCGCAUUGAGGCAUUUCUAGAGGAGAAAGACACUGAAAGGUAUAAUCAAAUCGAGUGGAAUGACAAUCAUCUGUUCGGAUUCCGAGAUGCGACAUUUCAGUGGCCCACAGCUAGAGCUGAGAAUAGUGGUGCUCAAGACCACUCUCAGCUGGCUGAGAGGAGCCCCACACCGCCGUUCAGGCUCUCCAACAUCAACAUCACCUUUCUUGAUAACGGGCUCAAUCUAGUUAUUGGAGCGAGUGGGUCUGGCAAGUCGUCGCUGUUGUUGGCAUUGCUAGGGGAGAUGGAACUCCUGCAGGGGCGCGUAUUCCUACCUCUGCGACGGCAGACAUCGUAUGGGAUCCCCGAUUUGACAGCCAAUUUUACCCCAGAUAGUUCAAUAGCGUACUGUCCUCAAGAGCCGUGGAUUUUGAACCAGAGUGUUCGAGCCAAUAUCCUGUUCGGGCUUCCGCUGGACAAACAGCGUUACCGGAUGGUCCUUGAGGCGGUGGCCCUAAUUUCCGAUCUCGCAAAGCACAAGAAAGGAGAUCCCAUGAUGGCGGGAGAAAGAGGAAAUCGCUUGUCUGGGGGUCAGAAACAGCGAGUUGCCUUGGCUAGGGCGUUGUACAGCAAUGCUCAGGUUGUUGUGUUGGACGACUGCCUAAGUGCCUUGGAUUCGCGCACAGGAAGGCAUCUAUUCUUCCAAGGGAUCAAAGGUCAACUCAUGCAGGGUAGAACAUGCAUACUGGCAACUCAUCAUACGCAACUCGUUGUGUCUCAUGCGGACUACAUUGUCAUGAUUGACCACGGCGAAGUGCAAGCGCAGGGCACGGCCAGUGACCUUAUCCGUACCGGUCUUUUAGGGGACAGCAUGAUAGACCCCGAGAAACAAGCUUGUCCACAAGGACAAUCAUCCAAAGCAAAGAUUGCCACCUCUUUCGAAUCACAGUCCGCGUCGGAGGAGAUGGACAGUGAGGAUGAAACCGAUAGUACUGAAGUUAAAGCUGAACCUAAACCUCAAUAUAGAGAAGAGAAGUCGGCUGGAGCAGUUCCGUGGCAGGUCAUCAAGACUUAUUUUGCAUCAAUGGGAUCAUGGUGGUUCUGGUCUAUUGUUCUGGUAGCGUUUGCCGUUCAGCAGAUUACAUCGUUGGCAACCAACUUGUGGAUUAAGGACUGGGCGCAGGCAUUCGAUCGGCUUCCCAAGCCCUCCCCAGGAACUAACGAAGGCUCGGCUGCCGUGAAUUCGGGCUACUACCUGGCAAUAUAUGGCUUCAUUUGUCUUGCCUAUGCUCUUACCUCUUUUUUCCGUGACUUGAUCACAUUCUCUGGCGCGUUGCGAGCAUCAGCGCGGAUGUUUGACAGUCUCUUGGACUCGAUUCUCCACGCGCGGUUGACAUUCUUUGACAAGAUCCCAUUCAAACAGAUCACGAAUCGUUUCUCGCGGGACAUUGAGGCGAUCGACCAAGAAGUUACUCCCCAUUCCAAGAGCACAUUCUAUACGUUUUGCUCUCUUGCCACGGUCAUAGUCCUGAUUUCAGCGAUGCUGCCUGUCUUCCUUCCUGCGGCGGCGAUAAUAUGCUUCGCGUAUUAUAUCAUAACCGUCGUCUACAUCAACAGUGCACGCGAUCUGAAAAGGAUUGAGGCAGUUCAGAGGUCUCCUAUGUAUCAACACUUUGGCGAGGCCCUCGCCGGAUACGUCAGUGUGCGUGCCUACGGUCGCGUCGCGCAAUUCACCAACCAAAUCCACGACUUCACCGACGCAUUUAACCAGCCCUACAUGCUUCUGUGGGCAGCUAAAGAAUGGUUGACUUUUCGAAUCGCGUGCCUAAGUGCCCUCAUCUCUUGGCUCACGGGCACCAUCUUGCUCUGGAGCUUAGGCCGCGGCGCCGUCAGCCCAGGAAUUGCCGGUCUUGUCUUGACAGCUUCAACUCCGUUGAGCGAGUGGUUGAGCACGGUGAGCUUUCGCGCCUACACCACUCGAUACGCACCGGAGCUCGACCCCGUACUAAGCGAAGUUACCUUCCAAGCCACAGCGGGUCAACGAUUAGCGGUAGUCGGUCGAACCGGAGCAGGCAAAAGCACACUGGCACUGGCGCUGAUCCGCGGCCUGGAAGCAUCAUCGGGACAGAUCCUCAUCGACGGGGUCGACAUCGCCGCGGUGCCGCUCGUCCGACUCCGCCGAGCCGUGACCAUGGGCCCGCAAGAUCCCACCCUGUUCCAGGGCAAUCUGCGGGACAAUCUGGAUCCCCUGCACCGUCAUGCGGACCCGGAUCUCUACCAAGUCCUGCACCAGCUCCACUUCUUCCAGACUCUCCCUAACGCAAGUCUGGAUCACCCGUCCGCGGUCCUAUCGCUCGGCCAGCGCCAGCUGAUCUGCAUCGCCCGGGCCCUCCUCCGGCGCUCCCGGGUCCUGGUCCUUGACGAAGCCACUGCGUCGAUGGACCACGCCACGGACUCGUUGAUUCAGGCGAGUCUGCGGUCUAGCAUCGCCACGGGCACGACGGUGAUCACUAUCGCCCACCGGCUCAUCACCAUCGCGGAUUACGACCACGUCGUUAUGCUGGAUGCUGGUCGUGUCGUCGAGCAAGGGUCCGUGGCGGAGCUGCUGCUGCACAGAGGGGAUGCGGCCUUGUUUCGUGCGGCGUGUGAGCAGUCGGGCGAUUUGGAACUCAUUUCGCGGACUGCUGCGGGAUGUCAUAUAGAUUGA